AUGACUGCGUUAGAUGCAAGCAGUCAACAAGGAUCGAUGGCUGAAACUAACAAUGUGCAACGAACCGAUUCCGAUACAGCUGUAACAAAUGACGCGAAUGUUGUAUUCUCAGCCGGUAGUGUCGUUGAAUGCCAGACCGCACUCUCAACUCGCAUCACCGGUCAGGUGCUCAGCUACGAUCAGCCCACUCGAUUACUUCUUAUCAAAGACACCUCAUCUGGACCAAAACCUUUGCUACGACUUGUGAAUUUAGCUCUGGUGGGAAAAGUUUGUUAUGUUCGUGAUAGGACACCGGAAUACGUGCCUUAUUCAAAUGGAUCUGCGACACAGCAACAAGUGCAGGAACGUAUGCGUAAAGCUGAAGCACGUAAAUUGGCCUCGAUUCUACAUACAACUGUCUCUUUAGAAGGACAACGUAUAUUCUUACACUUGAGAAAAACAUUGGAUGAAGUGAAGUGGCAAGACGAAAAUAUAUUGGUGUUAGAUCGUGUUUUGGUACGUCCACCAUAUACAGUUGAAUCUGUUGGUACUAUUGGUGAUUCAUCUACNAAUACACAUGCUAAAGAACACGUUUGCAAAAUUUUGGCGAAAUAUCAUUCGGCUGACCAGUCUCGUUGUUCGAGUGAUGAUGCUCCAGCAGAUCCAAUGCCAUCACGUUGA